CUUACCUAUAAAUCUUGGUCUUUGCUUUCCCCAUUUUCCCCAAACAUCUAAGCAGCUUUCCCUUUGCUCUUCCUUUGCUUUGAAGAAAGAAAAAGAAGAAAAGAAGCACACGUACGGGCGAGAUGGGUCGAGCGCCUUGCUGUGACAAAGCCAACGUGAAGAAAGGUCCAUGGGCACCUGAAGAAGAUGCUAAGCUCAAGGCUUAUAUCGAGAAGUAUGGCACUGGAGGCAAUUGGAUUGCUCUUCCUCAGAAAAUUGGCCUUAAGAGAUGUGGGAAGAGUUGCAGGCUGAGAUGGUUGAAUUAUUUGAGACCAAACAUUAAGCAUGGUGGAUUCUCUGAAGAAGAAGACAACAUCAUCUGCAGCCUCUAUAUAAGUAUUGGAAGCAGGUGGUCCAUAAUUGCAGCCCAACUGCCUGGAAGAACAGAUAAUGAUAUCAAAAACUACUGGAACACUAAACUGAAGAAGAAACUACUCGGGAGACGCAAACAAUCUAAUUACAAUAAUAGAUUGUCGCCCUCGAAUCAGGACCUUAAUGAAGCCAAGGGGGCAGAUGAUAAUCAAUUCUCACAGGGUUUAAGCAACUCAGCCUUGGAACGACUACAGCUCCAUAUGCAACUUCAAAGUCUUCAGAAUCCUUUCUCUUUCUACAACAAUCCUGCUCUAUGGCCUAAGAUUCAUCCCUUGCAAGAAAAGAUGAUCGAAAGCAUCCAGGCCUCGAAUAGAAACCUUCUUAUGCAACCUCUCCUGCAAAACCCUCAACCUGCAAAUGAACAAAGUGCUGAUGAUUUCUAUGACCAACCUGCUGCUACAGCUUCUCUGGUGCAACGGCAAGAUUAUCCAAAAAUCAGCAAUGCCAAGGAACUUGAAUUGGAUAACUUUUCGGAUGGAAUAUCUCCAUCAGAUGGCCCAGCUCCCUUUGGCACAGGAGACAAUUUGAUGGACUCGGAAACUGUACCAAAGACAGAUGGAAAUGAUCAUCACGGAAUACCACAACCAAUUAAUGAGGCUAUUCAACCAGUUUCAAACUUCCAGGCUGAGCUGGAAGAGUUUUUCAAUAACAAAACAGCUGGUUAUACACCACAGGAAGACCAAAUGGCUGAAUUCGAUUGCUUCAAGGAGAUGAAUGGUUCAAAGGACAGCUUAAUUUGGUGGUCUAGUGACUUUGAUGCAAAAUCAGCAUCUUCCAACUCUUGGGAUUCAACUUCUGUUCUUCAAUCCAAUGGAAUGUUUCGAGACUAUGAAUUAGGUUAUAAUAUGUAG